CAAAAUCUGUUAAAGACUAGCGGAAAUGCUCUUUGUUUUUUGGCAGCGCACACACCAACAUGGUCUGUCUGCAUAUAAACACUGCCUGAGCACAGUAAGGCUGCAUGGGAGCGCCACAGUCGAAGCUGUAACACUGAGAAGACACAGUCAUGCUGCUGGUGACGAGAGUUUUUCUGCUGCUGAGUUUCGCCUCAGUGCUUCCAGCUGCCAGCAAAAAACGGGUGGUUUCGGUACAGCUGGGAAAGGAACUCAGACCGAGGCGACAAACUGUGAAACUGACUCUGGAUCCCUCAGUGAACUCUUACCUCUCCUUCAGAUCUGCAUCAAACAUUGGCAACUUGUCGCUGUCACCGUGGACCUACAUAGAUUCAUUUAACCCCUUCCGUUUGCCUGAGAAGAUCUUACAGGCCAACUGCAGCACAUCUGGCUGUCUGAACCUCCAGGACGGAGGGGAGGAUGCAACUCUGGAGGCAAAACCCAUCAAAUAUCAGGUCCUGGUUCUGUACAGAACAAGAAAGGAAAGAAAGAACAAAAAACCAAUGAAGAAGGUGAAGAAGAAGUAUGUUUUUAUGCUGGGGACUGAAGAGAUCACGGUUGGUUGUACCUGUGUAAGACCCAGUGUGAUACCACAACAGUAAUCACAGGACAUCCAACAAAUGCUCCGGUCUCACAUAUCAUUCAUAUGAUCUACUGUCUGUAACUUUUUAGUCAACACAGGUUAUUUUUCGACACUGAUCUCAGAUUUGUUAAGCAAGUCAGUGCAGCAGUCCAGUCUAGCUAUUAUCAUUUGAGGUUGAUGAACAAAAUUAAGCCUCAGAAUGUCCUCGAAAGUGUCAUUUAUGAUUUUAUUACCACUAGACUGAACUACUGCACCGUCUUACCUCCCUGAACUUUUACAUAAACACAGUCCUUGUAGGACGCUGGAAUCUGAAAACUAACUACUUUUAGUCGUUCCAAGAACUCAAUCAUAAGGUCCACCAGUAUCUUGGAUGUUUUUUUUUUUUAUGUUUUUUUGCAGCACUAUUGGCCUUUUUUUUUGUUUUGUUUUUCCAAAGUAGUUAGACAGGAAGUGGGUUGUAGAGAGGGAGAAGACUGGCAGCAUAGGUCUGUGGGGCGCUGGCACAGCUGCGUCAAGGAUAUACAUGGGUUGUGGACUGCGCCGCGCCCCUAACUUGAGUAAUGUUAAAUAACUUUUAAAAACUCAUCUGUUUUGAUUGGCUUUUAAUUCUGGGAAGUUUCAGCAUUAGGCUAGUUAUUAUUUUAGUUUUUUAUCUAUUCAAACUGUGACAUUGUGUGUUAUUGCUUGUAGCUUUUAUAAUUUUCUUAUUUUACCUGUGAAGCACUUGGUCAGUCUUUUGUGUGUAGUACUGCUAUAUAAAUAAAGAUUGAUUGAUAGAAAACAACUGGGGCACAUUUUUUUUGACGCACAUCUGAUCAUUUUGAUGUGUGCUGCCCUUUGAUAAAAGCCUACUGCAAAACAGAAGAUUAGAGUAUCCAGCCAUUGUGAUGAAAAAGUAAGGCCGUGUAAAAAUCAAUUAAGUAGUUUUUACUGAAAUUUCCAUUUUUUUCUUACUGUAAUAUUUUUGCUUUAUUUCUUUAGUUUUCUCUGGCUAGAUACGUUUACAAGAUUUGUUUUCCAGUCUGUAUUUAUCUUAGCCCAGUUGUUGGGCAACAUGAGCCAACACCUUCAUUUUUCAUAACUAUAGAAAUCAGUGUAAAUAUCCAUCUGAUGCAAAUGUGAUGGUGGAAAUAAAAACUGAUUAUUUAAGAUGCUAUAACCUUCAGCUAAUAGGCCAGCUUAUAAAGAACUUGCCUCAUGUUCAGCAACAAAAGCCAAAUUUUAGAGCCAUCUUGACAUAUUUAAUGUUUGGAGGAUUAGAGUGGGUCAUCAUGGUAGUUAGCCCUGUGAGGAAUCACUGCAAACCAUACAUUUAAACAUAAAAUACUCAUGACAUAAUGUUGCUGAUCCUCUUUCAAACGUAACAAGGAAUUGCAUGUUCCCCGAUGGCGCUUAAUAGGCUAAGAUAUUUAAAAAAGGGCUUUUUUGGCUAAAAGUAGGAAAAGGAUUUAUUUUGCUGAAUUUCUUUGUAUUGUUUUAUGUGCUGGACUGAUAAGUUACAUAACAGUUUCUAGUGACAUGUUAUUCAGUGGAGUAUAUAUCAUGGUUGUUAUUUUAUGAUUGUUUGCUUUGCUGUACUUUGUUCGAUUUCCUUUCUGUUUUAAUUGUAUUGACAAUAUCAAAACAGAUUCAUAUUUGUUCACACAAGAGGUAAAAAUGUCUAUGCAGCUGUAUUUGAUUUAAAUAUAUUUUUUGCUAAUAA